AUGGAUGCGAGUCCGUCCAGAAAGUAUUGGAUCAACUUGCAUGCACUAUUGCACAUUCGAAACGUGCAUGACGAUGCUCAAUGGACGUUUGGUGAGGUCAGUCAAAUGGACAAUCCGGGAACAGCUGCUCAACUGGGGUAUCGAUGGUUAUGGCCAAGUCGACAACGCCAUGGCGAUCGUGUGGCCAUAGUGAAUGUGAACGGAGACAUUGAGAGUACAAAUACGAAGAAUAAGCGAUUCAGCUUCUCUUGCCAACUGCAUCAACGCUAUUUGACCAGGCAAACGGUUCAACAUGAGCGUUUCCGUGUGAUCAGGAUGACCUCGGAGGAAGUUAGCAGUCCGGUGAAUGAUGACUCACAUGGUUGCUUUGAAUCCGUGCCAGACAAGUCCCCAAUGAAAUGUGCCUUGAGUUGUCAUCUGGAUUCACGAUGUCGAUCGGCCUACGCCAAUUCAGCGAUCAAUGAAUGCAGACACGCACUGUAUGUGGAUUCCCUUUUGAAGCAAUCGGAUUGGUUUGAAUCCCCAGAAGGUUGGACUCGAUAUGAAAGACCUGAUUGGCGUGUGGAUGAGGAUGGCAUCAAGAACGAAUCGACAUCAUCAUAA